CCCUUGGUUGCUCCUCUUUUUGCUCGGCCACCUUACCUCUGACGACGCUCGCCUCUACCGGCGGCAUUGUUCCCGUGUGACUUUUCAAAGGUUGUCCGAGGUGCUCAUUACAGUGCCUAAGUAGCAGCAACAGCCUUUGUGCACUCUAGAGAUCCCCGCGCUUGUCGCCCUUCCCUGAAGAUCUUCUGAUAGCGGACGGCGGCGCAAGAAGGGCCACGACUACCAUAACGACCACCACAGACAUUUCGGGCCAGCGACAAGUCAGGCAUCCCCGAGCACACAAUAAGGCCGGCAUUGUGUCCAGCAAGCACAAGCACAAUCAGCACACGCACUGCAAGCGCACAUCACUCGCAUCGCACCCAUUGCCAUUGUCGUCGACAAUACAACACUGCUAGCUUGCUAGAGCACAAAAGCCCGCUUUAAACGCUCUCGACACGCACCGCCCAGGGAUUGUCACUGCUCCCCUUUGAAGCGAGCCCUGCGCUGCGACACAACUUCCCUAGGACAGACACCGCGACGACCGCCGGCUUCGAGCUCGCUCGCAGCCACCUAGGCUGCUACUGCUGCACUGCAUCUGUCUGAACACUCAAACACUUCAGACACACACAUACGACGACGCACAUCCUCGAUAACUCACUCCCCCCUCCCCCCUCCAAACCUCCACCACCAUGCGGUGGUCCGCCACCGCCGCCCUCGCGCUGGCACUCGCACCCCUCGCCUUGGCCGACUCGAACGACGGGGCAAAGCCCGGCACCUCACUCUACACCAACAGUGUGACCUACUGCGCCGAGGCCAAGGCCGUCCUCGUCGACGACUUUGACAUUGCCUACUGGAAGGCCAACAACAGUGUCACAUUCUCCUUCUCGUUUGCCUCGGUCGAGCCAAAUCUAAACGUGCGGGCAAACCUCUUCCUCAAUGCCUAUGGCAACGUUAUUUUCAAUGAGACGAUCAACAUCUGCGACCUUGUCUCGGGCGUCCUGUGCCCACUGCCCAUGAUCAACUUUACCGGCUACGGCACGUAUCCCCUCCCCAAGAACAUCGAGGAGAAGGUCCCCGGCAUCGCAUGGAACGUGCCCAACCUCGAAGCAUAUGCACGCGUCGAGCUCUGGAAUCAGGCCACAAACGAGACGGCAGCAUGCCUCCAGGCUACGCUGUCAAACGGCUGGUCGACAAAGUACAAGGGCGUCAUGAUCGGUACGGGCAUGCUCACGCUCGCUGCCGUCGUCGCCAUGCUCGUCCAUUCCUUGUUCCUCAACUCCCCAUCCCCGGUCAUCUACCGAUGGUUCGACAUCCUCUUCCUGUACCAGUCGACUGCGGCAAGUGGCCUCCUCCACCUCAACUAUCCGCUGGCAUACUCGAACUUUGUGCAAAACUUCCGAUGGUCCCUCGGAUUGCUCUUCUCCGAGUCGAUGCAAAGGAGCAUCAGCAAGAUGCGCAACAAGACAGGCGGGCACAUGGACGACACGGCAUACAGCGCGUCGCAGUACAUCAACCGCAAGCUGUCCCCGUACAACAUUCUCGCUGCCGUCAACAUCACCGACCCCGUGUCGACGCCAGAGAAGUUCAAGAUUUUCAUGCAGGAGCACUCGGCCGACUAUGCGCUCAAACACGCCAAGCGCGUCCAGAUCCCGUCGACCGUGAGCCAGAACGCGGCCAACGACCUCACGACCGGUAUCCCCGUUUAUGUCAACACGGCCGGAAUUCCCCAGGCCAACGCGUACGACACAAUCUUCUUCUUCCUCCUGGCGGUCAUCGCCAUGGUCCUGGCGCUUCAUGCUGUGCUCGGGCUGUUCACUCUCAUCCUGAAAUGCGUGACUUCGAACCGCAAGGGCCGCAGCUGGUCCGACCGCUUCCAGCGUUCAUGGUUUGACCAGCUCGUGGCAAACCUCCUCCGCGUGGCUCUGGCCUUUGCGCUGCCAAUCGCCAUCUUUGCAUUCUACCAGUUCGUCCUCGGCAGGCGUGACUCGGGGCUGUCCAUCUUCUUCGCCGUCCUCGGUAUCAUCGUGAUCUUUGCACCCCUCCUUGCCGCCUUCGUCUGGCAGAUCUUGAAGAGGCGUAAUCCCGAGUCGGGCAUUUCCAAGCGGUACACCGACUUCCACGUCUUCCACUCGAUCGGCGCUGCCCUGUACAGGCAGUACAACGAGCGCAACCACCUCUUCUGGUUUAUCCCCAUCCUCUUCGCAUCCGUGCUGCGCGCCAUGUUCAUCGGCUUUGGCCAGAGGAGUGGCUGGGCGCAGGUGAUUGGCAGUCUGGUGGCCGAGUUUAUCGUCUUCGUCUCGCUCCUCAUCCGCCGACCCCACAAGACGCGCGGGAGUGACUGGCUCUCUCCCAUCCUCAGUUUCUUCCGUCUGGCCCUGGCCGGCCUCAUGGUCUGCUUCUUGGAAAGCAUCAAACUCAAGGCGAUCCCGCGUACCGUCGUGGGCAUUGUCUGCAUCGCCCUGGUUGGCAUCCCCACCGUCAUUCUCCUCUUGAGUUUGAUCUGGAACAUUGGCUACGGCUGGCUGUGGCGCCGCAACACGGACCGUGUCGUCGACGGUGCCGACGUCGAGCACCGCCUCUCUCGUGGUGACUACCGCGAAGACGGAUCGCAGGUCGGGUUCCAGGAGGACCCAAAGCUUAACGGCGACUCCCCGGCGCAGCGCACCCAAACGGCCCACAGCCACGACGAGACGUCGUCACACACGCAAUCGACGACUGUCGACUACACCAACGACAAGACUCCCCUGGAGUCGCAAGUCGCAUUCAACGAAAAGGCGUCUCCCACAGAGCAGCGGCCACCAGUCUUGCAUUAAAGCUGGCACACGGCGCACACGACCAUAGACAUCUAGCAUUACGACUCUUCCCCCCCCCACCUCGUCUUUAGAAAUAGACUGUGUAUUACAACCUCGCUUUUACCAUCACCACCACGCCCUCAACGCACAUCACAACACCACCACCACCAUACCUUGUACGAGCUGUAGCGUCACUCAUGAUCAUGUC